CCUGGGCCGCGAUGACUUGCACUACUACACUAGGCACGCGCCGAUGUCUGGCUCGGUGGGUGGUCACGGCGGCGCCAGCAACUCUACCGACUGACGCGAGGGCGGUGCCGGAACCGACAGGUACCGAGAUAAGGGGAAUCUAACAAAAAGAAGCUUGCAGUUUAAAUAUCGCGAUCCGCUCACCACGAGCCUUCACUCCACCUUUCCGCCUCCACGCCGCUCGCUUCCGCUUCAUCUCGAGCUCCUUUCGCAUCUCGCCUCAACUACGUUCGACACAACCCGCCCACCCCCACCAUGGCCUUUGGCAAGGUUGCGGCGGCUGCCCUCGUCUUCGGCAUCCUGUACGCCGCCAUGUUCGUGUAUAUGUCCUGGAUGUACGCGACCAAGCGGUUCAAGUGGAAGUCGCGCUUCACCAUUCUCUUUCUGCACUGCGCGAUCCGCGUCGCGUCGCAGGCGUGCGGCGUCGCCUUCGGCGUCCUCCUGUGGCGGAACACGGACGUCUUCGUCGCCUACCUCAUCCUCGGCGCCGAGGGCUACUUCUCGCUCACAAUUGCGUCGUACUAUUUCCUACGGCACUACGAGCUGCGGAACUUCCACCGCUCGCGACUGGGCAAGCUCAAAGAGGAGAAGAGGACGUGGCAGCGCUCCUUGGAGAUCUGGUCGUGGGCACCGCUCUGGGCGCCGUGGCGUUACACCAAGGACAACGUGAUUAUGAUCGUCGACUCCUGGCUCAUCCCCGCCAACGCUCUCAUCAUUACUGGUGGCUCGCUGAUGGUCGGCGCGAUGGACGCCGAAGCGAACGGGUACACGCCCGAGCAGGCAGCGAAGCGGCUGCGGAUGUCCAAAGGCUUCCGCACCGCCGGCCAGGCCGUCUUCCUGAUCCUCACGCUGCUGUGGGUCGCCUUCGUCGCCAACGCGUACCGCAAAACGGUGCGGGCACACCUCGGCCGCCUCGCGCGCACCGCCUGCUUCACCUUCGGCACCAUCGGGGUCUUUCUCAUCGUACGUGGCGUCUUCGGCGUCCUCCAAAGCGCGAUCUGGAAGCUCAGCUACUACAACGCGCACAACUACGACGCGAACGGGUUCACGACCGAGUUCGUCGCGGUCGAGAACGUGCUGGCUGUUAUGCCAGAGUUUGUUGCGGCUGCACUCCUCAACGCGAGCUGGUGGGCAACGCGCAAGCGCGCCGAGGAGAUCGAGGAGGGUGAGGGUGACGAUGAGGGAGAUGGCGAGGGGCGGAUCGGACGCAAUGGGCCGCACGAGUCUCCUGGUCAUCAGGAGACCAAGAGCAUCAAUGUCUAGACCCCAAGGCCGCCAAUCUUUGACGUAGCAUGUACAUUUGUCCAUGCCUCCGUCCGUGGGCCUUGCUGUGUAGUUCUGUAACCAUGUAACCAGUGCGCAAUCG